AUGGCGUGUGAGGGCGGUGUAGAGUGCCUGCUGGAGCUUGAUCUGCAUACAAAAUGUGUGGUGGAUGUGGAUGCAAACAAGGUUAUUCUUCAUCCUGUAAACACCAACCUUUCAAAAGGAGAUACCAGGACCCAACCAAAGGUGUUUGCUUAUGAUCACUGCUUUUGGUCUAUGGAUGAAUCUGUCAAAGAAAAAUAUGCAGGCCAAGAUGUUGUUUUCAAGUGCCUUGGGGAGAAUAUUCUUCAGAAUGCCUUUGAAGGCUAUAACGCUUGCAUCUUUGCCUAUGGGCAAACUGGAUCUGGAAAAUCAUACACAAUGAUGGGUACUGCUGACCAACCUGGAUUAAUCCCUAGACUUUGUAGUGGACUCUUUGAAAGAGCACAGAAAGAGGAAAAUGAAGAGCAGAGUUUCAAAGUAGAAGUAUCCUACAUGGAGAUCUACAAUGAGAAAGUCAGAGAUCUUCUUGACCCAAAAGGAAGCCGUCAGUCAUUAAAAGUUAGAGAACACAGUGUUUAUGGUCCUUACGUAGAUGGUCUAUCCAAGCUAGCUGUUGCUAGUUACAAGGACAUCGAGUCCUUGAUGUCCGAGGGCAACAAAUCUCGAACAGUGGCUGCAACCAACAUGAAUGAGGAGAGCAGUCGGUCCCACGCAGUCUUCAAGAUCAUUCUUACCCACACCCUCUAUGAUGUACAGUCAGGGACUUCAGGUGAGAAGGUGGGUAAGCUGAGUCUGGUGGACUUGGCUGGUAGUGAAAGGGCAACUAAGACUGGUGCUGCAGGAGACAGAUUGAAAGAAGGAAGCAACAUUAACAAAUCCCUCACAACCCUUGGGCUGGUUAUUUCUGCCCUGGCAGAUCAGGCUGCUGGCAAGAACAAGAACAAAUUUGUUCCUUAUCGUGAUUCUGUGCUCACUUGGUUACUUAAAGAUAGCCUUGGUGGCAACAGCAAGACUGCUAUGGUAGCAACAGUAAGCCCAGCAGCAGACAACUAUGACGAGACCCUUUCAACACUGAGGUACGCAGACCGGGCCAAGAACAUUGUUAAUCAUGCUGUGGUGAAUGAAGACCCCAACGCUCGCAUUAUUCGGGAGCUUCGUGAGGAAGUGGAGAAGCUACGAGAACAGCUCACAAAAGCAGAG